CAGUGGUGAGUCCUACAGGUUGGGCACGUUGUGGUCGGAUCAGAUUUUGUUGUAUCUACCUGGAAGCAGACGGAGCUCACCUGAAAGUGAAACGCUUUCCUUCCUGGCUCUCGUCAGUCCGCUCGCUUUCCUCUCCGCUGUGAGACUUUAAUGAACCGGGAGCGAGGCAGCGGAUAAAUUAUUAACCUGACAACUCCGGCAGCAGUUCACAGGAGAGCUGACAUGAGGAGCUGAGCCAAGCGGCAGCGGAGUGCUCCUCCUGCCCGCCCGCCUGUCUCUUGUCUCUGUCCCGGGAAGACAAAGACAGGCCCACAGGUGUCUUUAUAUUGUCCUCUGACCUGGAUACACCGCGCUGUGAUCAUGCUGGGAGCGGAGAGCAGGCUGGAGACCCGGCUCAAGAAGCUGGAGUCCCUCAUGAGGAGCCCACAGUCGGCUCUAAACUUGGGAACACUGCUGGACUCCAUGAACGCGCUGGCUCAUGAUUUGAACUAUCCUGCCCUGCGGAAAAACAAGAACAUCGAGGCCUUUCUGAGCCGAUAUGAAAAGGCUGUGAGUCAGCUGCGAGAGCUGCAGGUGAAGCUCGAAGACUUUGAGAAAGUGAAGCUAAUCGGGAGAGGAGCCUACGGAGAAGUGCAGCUGGUCCGUCACAAGGCCUCCCGGAAGGUCUACGCCAUGAAGCAGCUCAACAAGUUUGAGAUGAUCAAGCGGUCAGAGUCUGCCUUCUUCUGGGAGGAGAGGCACAUCAUGGCCUUUUCCAACAGUCCCUGGGUCGUCCAGCUGUGCUGUGCUUUCCAAGACGACCACCACCUCUACAUGGUGAUGGAGUUCAUGCCCGGAGGCGACCUGGUCACGCUCACCAUGAACUACGACAUACCCGAGAAGUGGGCUCGCUUUUACACGGCCGAGGUAGUGCUGGCACUGAACGCCAUCCACGACAUGGGCUUCAUCCAUCGGGACAUCAAACCCGACAACAUGCUGCUGGACCAACACGGACACCUCAAGCUGGCAGAUUUCGGCACGUGCAUGAAGAUGGACUCGACAGGCAUGGUGCACUGUGACACAGCUGUAGGCACACCAGACUACAUCUCCCCCGAGGUGCUUCAGUCCCAGGGUGGCGACGGUCACUACGGCCGGGAAUGCGACUGGUGGUCCGUAGGGGUCUUUAUCUAUGAGUUGCUGGUUGCUGAAACUCCAUUCUACGCUGAGUCCCUGGUUGGAACUUACGGGAAGAUCAUGAACCACAAGAACACGCUCAUCUUCCCAGAUCAUAUAGAGAUGUCUCAGGACGCCAAAGACCUCAUCUGUGCCUUUCUUACCGACAGGGAGGUUCGUCUGGGCCGCACCGGAGUGGAUGAGAUCAAAUGCCACCCUUUCUUCAAGAACGACCAGUGGACCUUUGACAACAUCCGAGAUACUGUGGCUCCAGUCGUGCCUGAGCUGAACAGCGACAUAGACACCAGUAACUUCGACGACAUAGAGAAUGAUAAAGGAGAUGCUGAGACCUUCCCUCCACCCAAAGCCUUUGUGGGCAACCAGCUGCCAUUUGUGGGCUUCACUUAUUUCAAGGAGGACCAGCUGCUGAAGGGAAGUAACAACUGCUCUUUGGAGGAGUCAGAAGACAUUAAGGAAAACUCUGAGGAUAAGGAGAAUUGCUCGGACAGCAAAAAAGAGCUGCAGAAGAGGCUUCAUAAGCUGGAGGAGCAGCUCGACCAUGAGAUGCAGGCCAAAGAUGAGCUGGAGCACAAGUGCAAAAAUGCCACCAACCGUUUAGACAAGCUGGUCAAAGAAUUAGACAAGGAGAUGAGCAGCAGGCAGAAAGUGGAGGCCUCGCUGAGGCAGCUGGAGAUGGAGCGAGCUCUGCUGCAGCACCAGAGCGCCGAGAACCUGCGCAAGGUGGAGAUUGAAACUGACAGAAAACGCGGCCUGGAGAACGAAUUGAACAACCUGAGGGACCAGCUAGAGGAUCUUAGGAAGAGGAACCAGAAUUCCCAGAUCUCCAACGAGAAGAACGUCCAGCUGCAGAAACAACUCGAGGAGGCCAACGCCGUGCUGCAGGCUGAGCAGGAGGCGGCAGCGCGGCUGAAGAAGAGUCAGGCGGAGGCACAGAAACAGGCUCAGAGCCUGGAGGUCAGCCUCAGGGAGAUGCAGGAAAAGUGCAGCCAGCUUGAAAACAGCAAGAUGGAGCUGGAGAAGCAACUGAUGGGGCUGCAGGCCGAGCUGGAGGAGGAGAGAAGAGACCGUAACCUCGGGAAAGAAACUAUUACUGACCUGCAGGGACGUAUCUCUGGCCUGGAAGAAGAGGUGAAAGAGGUGAAGGCAUCUCUGUCCAAGGUCAAGACUGAAAAGAAGCAGCUGCAUGAGAAGAUAAAUGAGCUCGAGAAGGCGAAGAGCAACCAAGAGAUCGACUUGACGUUCAAGCUGAAGUCGCUCCAGCAGAGUCUGGAGCAGGAGGAGGCAGAACACAAGGCCACCAAAGCCAAGCUGGCAGAUAAAAACCACAUCUACCAGUCCAUCGAGGAGGCGAAAUCAGAGGCCUUAAAAGAGAUGGAGAGCACCCUGCAGGAGGAGCGUAGCCAGAAGCUGCAGGUGGAGGGAAAGCUGCUGCAACAGGAGAAGGACCUGUCCAUGCUGGAGCGCGACUACAAGCAGGCGCAGCACAAACUGGAGGAGCUGCAGGCACAGAAGGCCAAACUUUCUGAGGAGGUAAAGAGCCUGGGCUUGCGUCUGGAGCAGGAGGUCCACAAGCGCAGCCUGAGUCAGAGCGAUCUGAAGAUGCAGAACCAGCAGGUGUCGGUGCUUCGCACCUCCGAGAAACAGCUCAAACAGGAGCUCAACCACCUGCUGGACAUGAAGCAGGUCCUGGAGAAACAGAACCAGGAGCUCCGCAGGGAGAAACAGGAGGCUGGUGACCAGCUGAAGGAGCUGAAGGACCAACUGGAGGCUGAGCAGUAUUUCACAACCCUUUACAAGACACAGAUUCGUGAGCUGAAGGACGAGCGAGAUGAGAGGAAUAAGCUGUACAAAGAGCUGCAGCAGCGACUGGCAGAAUAUCAGGAGGAGAGGGACUCCCUGACAACCCAGCUGGAGGCCAGUCUGACCAAGGCGGACUCUGAGCAGCUGGCUCGCUCCAUCGCUGAGGAGCAGUAUUCGGACCUGGAGAAGGAGAAGAUAAUGAAGGAGCUGGAGAUUAAAGACAUGAUGGCGAGACACAAACAGGAGCUCAGCGACAAGGAGGCCACCAUCAGCUCACUGGAGGAGUCCAACCGCACUCUGACGGUGGAUGUGGCUAACCUGGCCAGCGAGAAAGAGGAGCUCAACAACCAGCUGAAAGACAUGCAGCAACAGUUCCAGAAAGCCAAGGAGGAGGAGAAGCACAUGAACUCGCUCAAACUGUCCUUUGAAAAGCAGCUGCAGAAUGAAAGGACACUAAAAAUUCAGGCUGUCAACAAGCUGGCCGAGGUGAUGAACAGGAGGGAGACGGUGCGAGGCGGCCACCGAGGCACCGGCACCGAGGUGCACAGGAAGGAGAAGGAGAACAGGAAGCUGCAGCUGGAGCUGAGAGCAGAGAAGGAGAAGCUCAACAGCACCAUCAUCAAAUACCAGAGAGAGAUGAUGGAUAUGCAGGCGCUGAUAGCAGAAGAGAACCAGGUGCGUCUGGAGCUUCAGAUGGCGUUGGACAGCAAAGACAGCGAUAUCGAGCAGCUGCGUUGCCAGAUCUCUUCCCUCAGCGUUCACUCUCUGGACUCCACCAGCAUCAGCAGUGGAAACGACCUGGACAUGGGUGACGGAUACCCAGUGCGCAUUACUCACUCUCACACCUCCGAAUCAAUGUCCUUCACCUACCAGCGCACACACAAAUCUGUGCGCAUCGACACACGACCCAACCUUCACUCUGCCCACUCUCUCUUCGAUUCUGACUCUGACAACGACAACGAAGAAGAAUAUGACGGGCAGGUGGAGCAGGGCCACCGUCCCCUGGCCCUCACCUACGAACAGCCCCCUGAGGCUGAACCUGCAGACUCCAGGCUGGAGGGCUGGAUUUCAGUUCCUAACAAGAAAGAAAAGCGGUUUGGCUGGGAAAAAAAAUAUAUAGUUGUGAGCAGUAAGAAGAUCCUGUUCUACAACAGCGAGCAGGACCGAGAGCAGGCCAACCCUUUCAUGACCCUGGACAUUGAUAAGCUGUUUCAUGUCCGCCCUGUCACUCAAACUGAUGUGUACCGUGCAGAAGCCAGAGAAAUUCCAAGGAUAUUCCAGAUCCUGUAUGCCAACGAAGGCGAGAUCAAACGGGAUCAGGAGGUCGCAGUUGAGCCUGCGGCAUUUGGUGAACGUCCCUCCUACAUCAGCCACAAGGGCCACGAGUUCAUAAUCACUCUGUACCACUUCCCAUCCAGCUGCGAGGCCUGCACUCGGCCCCUGUGGCAUGUUUUCAAGCCCCCGCCAGCCCUCGAGUGCCGCCGCUGUCGCACCAAGUGCCACAAGGAUCACCUGGACAAAAAGGAGGAAGUGAUUGUGCCCUGCAAGGUGAACUAUGACAUGUCCACCGCCAAAGAGCUGCUUCUGCUGGCCAACUCCAAGGAGGACCAGCAGCGCUGGGUCAGUAACCUCCUGAAACGCAUCCCGAGGAAACACCCGACGUUGAGUCCUCCCGCAGCAAUACAAAACAGCCUUCCUGAAGCAACAGCGCGCUCGUCUCCACAAGCCUCUCCGCGGCCUUCACCCAGGGGGUCGCCUCAUAUGUCGGCGAGACAUCGCGGAGCCAUCAAGGUCCAGCCCAGCAGACAGCAACAGCCGUCAGGGAAGCCCAGCACUGGCCCCAUGCUCCGUAUCAUCCUCCACUGACCUCUGACCCCGACCCCACCAUUCUAACGUCUCUCAUGCUGGGAGACUUUAACCCUGGCUGAUCAAAGAUGUGUGUUUUCAUCUUUGUGGAUUAAUGACCGCAGUCUGGACGCAGUGCCUACAUGUGUCAUUUUUUCAGGGAAGUAGACUGGAAAAAAAAAAAAAAAAAAAAACAUUAAUCAUGGAGAAAAACAUUCACAGAAACCGGCUGUCGUCAUGAGAACUGAGGCUGCCUUUGUCGUUGUAACAAGAGGAAGAAAAUGAGUAUUCAUAUUAGAGUGAGAUUUUAACUAAAGGGAAAAAAAAAAAAAGGUCAACACUCGGUGAUUAAAACUGCCUUAUUUUAUAACCGUCAUGACAAAAACGUGGACAUUUUAUUCUGUGAGGUGCAGUGACUCACAUGGAUUUGUCUUUGUGAGGUGUUAGGCAUGUGUGUGAACAUUUGUAUAUAGGAUUAAGAGAUCUGUCUGUGUAUUGUAACACAGGAGGUGUAGCUCAUAGAAUAUGAUUGUUUUAUUUUUAUGGAUAUAAGUCAGCAGCACAUUAUGCAGUACAUGCUUGUCUUGUAAAUGAAUACAGUUUUCAUUACAUAAAGUAGAUCAAUUAAAACAUGAAACAGAAUAAUGUGAAUUGAAUAGGAACAAUGUGUUAUCUCCUCGACAUUCAUGGCUAAUUCAAAUAAAUUCUGUUACCCUGAAAA